CCUCUCCUUCGGUUCCAAAAUUUUCGCCACGCGGUCUCACGGUUCGUUGUUUCAACUGCGAUUUUCGGCUGUGCGCAAAGUGAUCUUUGUUUCGAUAAAGUGAAGUUUAACUAAAACUAAGGGUACCGAUACACUGGAUGACAGUUUGCACGGGGGAUGAGUCGCGUUCGGACGUGAUUUCGUAAAAAAAUAGAAGAGACGUGAUAUUUUUUCGACUACAGUGUCCUGUUUGAGAACAAGACCAGGCUGCAGGAUGACGAUUCCCAGUGCCAUGGAGGCACCGAUGAAGGCGUCACCCGGUACCCUGCCGGACGGCGCGGACAGUUCAGCCAAAAUGAAGGCCAUCUAUCAUGACACCAACAACAACGAAAUCACCAUGGGCGACGACAUGACCGUCAGCGAAAAGGAGCUGAACGCCUAUAUGGAGCACUAUAAUCGCUGGCACCAAUCCGCCCUUGGAAAGUGGCUCCAGGAUCAGCUGGCGGAUAAGUUUGGCUGGAAGUUCGGUGCAGAAAUUAAGUGGAAAAAUGUGGCCAUGAUCGGGUUUCUGCAUCUGGUUACGGCGGCUCUUUUCCUCGUGUACGUGUGGGAGUCCACUGUCUACACCUGGCUCUGGGGAAUAUUUGUAGGAGGAUGCGCCGGCUUUGGCGUAACGGCCGGCGCCCAUCGAUUGUGGACCCACCGAGCCUACAAAGCAAAGCUGCCGCUUCGCAUCCUUCUGAUGAUUUGCUUCUGCAUGUCCGGCCACAACAGUCUGCACGAGUGGGUCCGCGAUCACCGUAUCCACCAUAAGUACUCCGAAACGGAUGCCGAUCCGCACAACUCGAACCGAGGCUUCUUCUACGCCCACGUAGGUUGGCUGCUGCUAAGAAAGCACCCGGAAUGCAUCAAAAAGGGUCGCCUGAUCGAUAUGACCGACCUGCUGGCCGACCCGGUGGUCCGAUUCCAUCAGCGAUUCUUCCCCCUGCUGAAGACUUUGUUCACUUACGUCCUUCCGUCGGUGAUUCCGUGGUACUUUUUCGGUGAAGGUUUCCUCCUGUCCUUCCUGGCCAACUGCUUGCUGAGAAACACGAUGACGCUCAACUUUACCUGGUUGGUAAACAGCGCAGCGCAUAUCUACGGCCACAGGCCUUAUGACAAGCGCAUCCGACCGGUAGAGAACAAGUGGGUUUCGAUCGUGGCAAUGGGCGAAGGUUGGCACAACUACCAUCACGUGUUUCCCUGGGACUACAAAGCGGCUGAAAUGGGCAACUAUCGCACCAACAUCACCACUUUCUGGAUAGACUUGUUUGCCAAAAUCGGCUGGGCGUACGAUCUGAAGGAACCGUCGAAGGAACUUGUCCAAAGAACAGUCAACAAAUACGGAGAUGGAACGUACAUCACAACCAAGAUCGAACACCUAAAAGAGGUACCAGAUCCGUACCUGUCGAAAACCCAGUAGAGUAGAGCAAGUUAAUUUCCGUUCCGAUUAGUCAAGCCCCGUGAGUGUGUUAAGUGUUAGUGGUAAGGUUGCGAUUAAAUAAAAAGUAUU